UGGGAAAACCUACACAAAAAUUUAUGGCAGCCAAAACAACACAGAGAAACCCUGUCUUGAAACACAAAAAAUUUAAUUGCAGUAAUAUAGGAGUCAUAUAUUAGGUCAAGUACACAAGGAUGCAAUGUUACAUUUACUAAGCUACAGUUCACAGCACACAUUUACACAUUCUGAAUAUGCUCAACAUAGCUAAUUUAGUCCUGCUGACUUCACUGACGUUUGACAUAUGGGUGAAAGACAUUUUAUACGACUUAACUGUGGAUGUGUGCUCUCCACACAGCAAGAGGUUAACUUUAGUUGUCUAUCUCCAUUCCUCUGCAUCUCUUUGUUUUUUCCUUUGAGGCAGGGUCUCUCACUGACUCAGGAGCUUAGUUUCAGUUAGAUUUGCUUGUAUCGAGAAUUCUAAUUGGUCUUAAUAAUAAAAACCCAGAGUCAGAGAUUGGGUAAAUGCUGAAAGAUCAGAGAAGUAAAGGAAUUAGCCACAGUCGCCUCUUACCAAAGACUCCUCAGACCGAAAAGGGCUGAGCUCCCGUCUCUGCCCACCUUCUAUUCCUCUCUCUGUCCAGCCAUAUCACUUCCUGUUUCCAGACUUCUGUGGUUAACUAGUGGCUAGCUCCACCUUCUGAUCUUCAGGCAAGCCUUAUUUGUUAGAGCACAAAAUAGCACACUUGCUAGGCAACAGGCCCCAGCGGUCUGUGGUCCACUCCUGGCCUCACACCAGGGCUGAGAUUACCUAAGAAAUCCAUAAACACCGUCAUCCAUACUCCUCAGCUUCCACUCCAGAGUUUAUUUUCAACAACAUCAAGUUCAAGUAUGAAUACAAAAGACACAAGUAGGUUGAGGUUCUGAAAUCAUCUUAAUACCAGAGCAUUUCGUGAUUUUUGAUCUUCCGUAGAGAUAAGUGUGUGGAGGACCCUGCAAGUGUCCUGGCUGGUAGGGAAACCAUGGGUGAGGCAAGAAUGAAAUUCUUUUCAGCCCAACUUAGCCAGGGCUGGGCCAAACUUCUGGAGUCUGCGACACCUGGUGGUUUAUUUUAGCCAUAUUUAAACAGCACAAUUUUGAAAAAGGUUUCCUGAUGACAAUUAGCUCAGUCCUGUGAGUACAACAAAGCUUAAGACAUGUUUACGUAGAAACUGUUUAUAAAGUACAGAGGCCUUCUUCCAUAAAGAUGGGUACUGUUGACCCAGAAACAAGGUAAGGGUCUCGGGAGAAUGUCUGAGGUAAACAUAAUGCCCGUGGGAGUCAGGAUUGGGCUGUCCCUACCACAGCAUAGAAGUCACUUAGGCUCUUGUAAGGUACAAGUGACAUCUCUCAUAAGGGUGGGUUUUAUGGACUGAAAAGCAAGGUUCAAGAUUUAGUGGAGGUAGGGGGGUGAGUCUGAGAUAAACAAUAUUCUGGGGGAGUGAGGUGAAGCCUGGCCCUACACAUAGCAAAGGUCACCAGGUUAUAAACCACAUCCUUUCCCAGCGGUCAUGGUGGGAGACGGGUAAGCAUCUCCUUCCUCUGCAGAGCUAAGCGUGGGAGUUUAACUUCCUGCUUUCCCUCGCUUACCCGUGUGCACAAGAAGCCCUUACCCUGUAUAAUGUGAACGUCUCUAUUCACCCCAGAUAAGGCAUCUCCACCAAAGAAACAGUUUCAGCCAGGACUAGCUUAGGGAGCCAAUGAGUUUUAUUAGGGUUACCUAUGAGUUACCUAUGGGUGAAGUGUAGAGGAGCAUGGUGAAUCGAAGGCAGUGUACCACUAAGAAGCCUACUCAGGUACAAGAGAGAACUCUUGAAAAUGCAUCCUUGAAGCUCCCAAAAUUUCCCGAAGUUUACCUGUCCAUCCCCGAUUGAUCACAUCACCUCUCUCUAAAACUCUGGGGAGGGGUCUUGUGACUUUUGUUUUAUCUGUUUUCUGGGCUUGUCAAUUUUGUUUCCUGGGUCUUCUAAGCCUCCAUGCUUUGCAUGAGAAAAUGUUAGAAAAUGUUUCCAUUUGGGGGAGAUGGCUAUUCAAAAGAGACUUCAAGAAAGAUGUCCCAUGGAGGACUGAUAACGUGAUUAGCCUUUUGGUUGAAAGUUGGUUUCUGUGCAGCCGCCACCAAUGUCUGACACGCUUAUCAUGAAGCCAGCGUCCACUGCCAUGUUAAACACGGACAGAGCAGAAAGGUGCACGCACAUGAGGCUCUGAGCAAUCACUUAAAACGUGAAACUUAGCCACAGUUAUGUGGGCGUCAAGUUCCUCAGCACAUUCCAGAAGAUCCCUGUGGUUCCUCGGUGUGGGACUAGUUUUCAUGUUCCCACUGCCAAUCUUGUGUUGUGUGUUGUCUGCAAGCCCUUAGCACUUGGGUGAUGUGUACAGUUUCAUUGCUGCCUGUCAUAUACAUCUUUUGCUAAAUAUUUCAUCUACAAGGUCUUACAUGACUGUUUCCUGGGAAUACACUCUUGCCCUGAAGCCAUUUUGUAUUUGCUAAAAUAAGCAAAUCCAGUUUCAAAGCGAAGACUUAAGUACAUCUAGGGCUGUCACAGUUCACUGUGUAAAUGGCCACCUGAGCCACCACAUUCUGCCACUGACUGCUUCACAAUCUUUCCAAGAUCUCCAACAAAAAUGCAUUUCCCCCAUUCCAAGUUAUUUUCCUCAAUAUAGUUAUCAACUUAUUUCCAAUGUUUGUUCCUUCACUCAAUAGGGCAACAAUCAGUAUUGUCAGUAUAACCUUUCACUUCAGCCUUAUUACACACAAAGCCAAAGGUCAUAAACCUAUGCCAGUGUCCUUAGAAUAUGCAACCAAACAAACGAGUUAGCAGAUGGACUCCUUCUUACAGUAACCAAAGGUUUUAUGGUAGAGGCCUAGGCUCUAGAAACCCUGGCUAGGUGCAAUCACUCAUCCACAUUCAAGAGAAAAUCAAAAUAGAGACACAGUCAAGGUGGCUCCAUUGUAAAGGGGACAAACGCAGGUCCAGUGACACCCCAAGUCCAUCUUCAGGAUACUGAGGUGAGCUUUGCCCUUAAGCAGAGGAGGUUAGCAUACUUAAGCAGUCCUGGUGGAUGUGCAAUCUCUUUGAUCAUUGCUACAGUUCUGACCCUGCAAGGUGGGAAGUCCAUACUGCUGUCUUGUGAGGACACCACUCUCACACAAAAUGAUCAUUUCAGCUCCAUGGAUAAUCACCCUCAUCUGCUACCAUGGAAGAGAAAGGGAGGACAAUGACUUACCUUUGUGCCUUCAGCAAAAGAAAGGAAGACAGACACAAAGGCAGAGAUGCCAGGCUUUCCGUUACCCUGUGGCCACAAGAGGUCUUUUUAUUUUUUGAAAAGCACAAGUGCCUGCUUCUUUAGGGACUAGGUUCCUGAAGUGUCUCAGUGCUGAAGUCAAACAGCCCCCUAUACACUACUUCUAUGCCCUUGGGUCGUCACGCUUGUUUAGGAAGUCCCCUGGGAGUUAAUUAUACAAGUCUGGUUCAAGUGUAUCUCUCUCUGUUGAAUUUUUAGAAACAUGUGCUUACUUGGAGCACAAAUAACCAAGGUGGCCUGAACCCAAUCUGCAGGGACUCUGUGGGAGGAAAAGUGCAGCCAACACCAUCAGAGCAGCAAUGCGACAGGAGCCAAGGAAACAAUGUAACAGCUGGCUGGGUAGACAGAAGAUUCGGCUGACUCUACUAGAGAACGGCAGAGCCUGUUACAGACACUGCAAGGAAGGUGACGGUGCGGGGAAUAUUUGUGUGGUUACAUCUGGUUAACUUCCUUGCAUGGUGGUGAGGACAGACCCUCGUGCACACUAAAGCACACUAACCCUGACCUACAUCCCAGAACAGGCCAAACUACCACGAAAAGAAACAGUACACAAAUCAAAACACUUGGUGAGCCGGGCAGCUGCCCGGGCAGCAGAGCAGCAGGCGCAGGACCGCCUGGCCGGGGGCGCGCACACAGACGCCCGGCCUGGGACGGGACGCCCGCGCCGGGGCACACCCGCCUCACCCACACCCGGCACACCUCCCCGAGCCACCGCUGCGCCCGCGCUCGCCGCCGGCCCUGCUGGAGGCGGGGCGCACUCGGCUCCUUCCGCCCCGGCAGAGGCGGCAGGCCGGUGCGCCGCCGAGGCCCCGGGCCCUCCUUCCAACGGCCGCACGCAAAUGAGGGCUCCGGCCACGCGCGUCGUGAUUCGCGCGUUGGCGGCGGCGCUCGGGCGAGGGAGCCGGGCUUAUGUAAAUGAGCGGAUUGUGUGUGCACGCUCCUAUAGGCCGGGGUGUGAGGACGCGCGUGAGCCAAUGAGAGCGUCGGGCGGACAAGCGGGGCUCUGCCUAUAAAAGGGCGAGGCGGCGGCGCCGGCGUGCAGUUUCCUGUUUGUGAGAGUUUCUGUGUUUUCCAUCAUGUCUGGUCGCGGCAAGCAAGGCGGCAAGGCCCGCGCCAAGGCCAAGUCGCGGUCGUCCCGCGCCGGCCUGCAGUUCCCGGUGGGGCGCGUGCACCGGCUGCUGCGCAAGGGCAACUACGCGGAGCGCGUGGGCGCCGGCGCGCCCGUGUAUAUGGCGGCCGUGCUGGAGUACCUGACGGCCGAGAUCCUGGAGCUGGCGGGCAACGCGGCCCGCGACAACAAGAAGACGCGCAUCAUCCCGCGCCACCUGCAGCUGGCCAUCCGCAACGACGAGGAGCUCAACAAGCUGCUGGGCAAAGUGACGAUCGCGCAAGGCGGCGUCCUGCCCAACAUCCAGGCCGUGCUGCUGCCCAAGAAGACCGAGAGCCACCAUAAGGCGAAGGGCAAGUGAGGCCGCUGCUGGCGCCGGCCCGCGUCUCGGGGAGACGCCCGCGAACUCAAAGGCUCUUUUCAGAGCCACCCACUGGUUCAGAUUAAAGAGUUGUGUCACUCA